GAUAGCGGGGGGAGGAGGUUGGAGAAUGAAUAGGAGUCUGUUAAAUGGACGACGCGUCCGUGGAUUAAAAUGCGGGUCUCGCCCCAAGAAACCGGCGGCUUUGGGCCUGGGCGCGUCUAGUUCUGGGAUCGGACCCUUAGAGAGAAAGGGACCCUUGCGGGUCGUCGAGUCCAGCUCCUGUGGUUUUACAGAGGAGCUGGGCCUCCUGUUCCAGUUAAUCAAGGCCCGAGGAGAUUAUACAGAUUUUUGAGAUCCAGGAGAGGCGCUUCAUCAUCAGCUUCAUAGCCUCUUCCCCCUUUGUUGUUGAAAAUGCUUUACCUGAUUGGUCUGGGCCUGGGAGAUGCCGAGGACAUCACUGUGAAAGGACUGGAAAUUGUAAAGAAAUGUAACCGAGUGUACCUGGAAUCUUACACCUCAAUCCUGGCUGUAGAGAAGGAAAGGCUGGAGCAGUUUUAUGGAAGACCAUUGAUUACUGCUGACAGACAGGUAGUGGAACAAGAAGCAGAACAAAUUUUAAAGGAUGCUAAUGAAAUUGAUAUUGCUUUCCUUGUCGUUGGCGAUCCAUUUGGGGCCACAACACACAGUGAUCUUGUUCUAAGAGCAGUAAAGAUGGGGAUCCCAUACCGAAUUGUUCAUAAUGCUUCCAUCUUGAGUGCUGUCGGCUGCUGUGGUUUGCAGUUGUAUAAUUUUGGAGAAGUAGCUUCCAUUGUUUUCUGGACAAGGACCUGGAAACCAGAAAGCUUCUUUGACAGAGUGAAGACAAACAGACAAAACGGCUUGCACACACUGUGCUUACUGGACCUCCAAAUAAGGGAACGGUCUUUGGAAAAUCUAAUAAAGGGAAGGAAGAUCUAUGAGCCUCCACGAUUCAUGACUGUGAACCAAGCAGCCCAGCAGCUUCUGGAGAUUGUUCAAAACCAGAGAGCUCGCGGAGAGGAACCAGCCAUCACUGAAGAGACAAUCUGUGUGGGCCUGGCCAGGGUGGGAUCUGAGGAGCAGAAAAUUGCUGCUGGCACCUUAAAGCAAAUGUGUACUGUGGAUCUGGGUGGCCCUUUGCAUUCAUUAAUUAUAACAGGAAACUUGCAUCCUCUGGAGGUAGAAAUGCUGAAACUGUUUCCUGUGCCAGAAAAUGACUCUGAAACCCCAAGUUGUUGAUAGCUCCUGCCUAUAGCCACUGUUUCUGCACUCCUUUAUUUCAUUGUCAGAUGUAUAUACAAAGAUGUGCGACUUCAAAAGUCAAAAUGGACAAACAUUUGGAUUUUUCUCAUGAAUAAAAAAGGAAAUAAAUUCAUCAAACAAAACCUAGUUUCAUUAGAGGCCACAUCAUUCCUUCUGAGAUCAGUUGGUGUCACCUUGACCACUUCCUAAGAUGACUUGCAGGAGGGUACAGACAGAGCAGGAAGGUAACAUAGACAUAGGUGGAAUGGUUUUGUAACUUUUCCUAACCUUAAGAAAUUGGGUUUACUGUUUUGACUGCAAUUAUAGGGUAAAACUUAAGAGGGAUAAUUGGAAUGUGAAUCAUUUUGACUUAAACCUAGCUGCCAUUUUUGAAGGGAAAGAAAUGACAGUUGUUAGAAGAAAGCUAAGUAAAUGAUUAGUAAUACUUCACUCACCAUAAUUUGCUUGUCACUUUGUGCUAGUAUAGGAUGAAUUAUUCUGCCUGGAGUUAAUGGUAAUGUUCAGAGAUCUGGAGAGAACAAACCACCACCCAGAUCCCACCCACCUAAAAGUACAACAGCACAUAUCCUGUCAAGUGACACCCUUCUGAACUGGCUUAUCUCAUUUAAACUGACAUCCUAAUUAUGUGGCAUAAGGCUGGCUACAUUAUGUGGGUUAUGUAUUGCAUUGGAAAUGCUGGAUCCACAUACAGUUGCCAUUGGAUUUUAAAUGGAUACCAUAAGUCCAUGCUGACAAAGGACUUUGACUAAAGAGGAAGAAAGGACAUUUUAAAAAACCUAACACCGUAGUCUGUAAAGAUUCAUCAUUCAGUGGAACUUAUUAAAUCUUAUCAUUUAUAUGCAUGUUUGUUGUGUUGUAACAGUAGUAUUUAUUGUGAACCUUGGCCUUAAUGCCAGUUCUUGUGUGGUUUCAGUAAUUAAACAUGAUGUGUAGUAACUUAUAGGUAAAUGCAAAUUCAACUAGACAGGUAUUUUCUUUCUAUGGGUCUGAUCAAGUCAUCCAGUCUCUUUGUUGCUGGGCACAUAGUUUCCUUAAUUAUUCUUUGGAGAUACUUAUUAAAAAUGUAUCCUGUAUGUGUUUAAGAUAACAUAUCGAUUCAUGUGAUAGUCAUCUAUCAAUGUAUUAUGAACUGUGAGUUGGGGGAGGGAUGGGGAGCUAGUUAGUGCUAACUCUGUACUAUUUCCUAUAUUAUGAGGCCAGAAACGUAUAACUGUAAAAUGCAAAGCUCUGUACUUUGACUCUCAGUAAAAGAGGAAAUAAGACUUGCAAACUCUGA